CAUCCUCCAGUCUUGAAACACCAACAUUUCUCGCCAUGAAAGAGACGUUGCUACCCUAUCAUGCGCCGGGACCCCAAGCGAGGGUCAAUACAGUUGCGCGAUGGGUGUUCUGCAUUGCUGCAGUGACAUUGCUAUUUACCUGGAACUAUGCCGCGUACAAUGAUCAUCCAACACCCCUCAUAAGAUCAAAGAAAGACGAGUUUAAGAAGUGUUCCGUUGACACAUACCGUGCCACCGGCCUCAAGUUCCUUGACACUGCCGAAAGACCGCCUGUCGAAGAGUAUGUCCUACGAAGGAACAACCUUGCCAAAGCUCUUGCAGUAGAGGAGAUCGAUGCAUUCGUGGUCGAGCCUGGGUAUACAUUCAGCUACUACGCAAACGUUACACAGCCUCAAUGGGAAGUUUGGGAACCAGAAGAGCGUCCAUUUGUCAUGGUCAUCCGACCUGAGAAAUUGUCAGAUGGCAGUGUCGUCGCAAACACUUCUUUCCUCGUUCCACACUUUGAGGAGACACGUGCUAGGUUGUUGAACAUGCCUUUCGAGGAAGACAUCCACGCCGUCACGUAUGAAGAGCAUUGGAACUACUACACUACCUUGUACGAGUCGGAGAUCUGGGGGGAGACGCUGGCGCCGAAACUGAUGGUCGAUGAAGAGAUGCGUGACUUCAUUCAGCGUGGCUUCGCAACCAAUGGCUUUACUGUUGUUGGCUUGAGCGGCGAGGUCGAGGCUGUUCGCCAGAUCAAGACAGAUCGUGAACUUGGCAUACUGAGAGCUGUCAAUACUGGCACUGUCGAAGCCAUACGAGCCAUGCGCCAAUGUCUCUACGUAGGUGUUACCGAAAACGAGGUGGCGGAGGUACUCGAUGACACGAUGAGGGCAGCGGGUAUGGACCCGUUCUUCGACAUUGUAGAGUUUGGCAAGAGCGCUGCGUUACCACACGGUGGUUAUGAUGGCAGCAGAAAGCUCGAACCGGGUAUGUUCGUGCUUAUCGACGUUGGUUCACAUCUGUAUGGGUACAGCAGCGAUGUGUGUCGUACGUUCUACCCGUCGUUUGUGCCGAAUCCACCACCUUCGAAGUACAACGUCACUGAGCAGUUGCGCGUCUGGCAAGUCGUACUUGAUGCUCAGGAUGCAGCUGUCAAGGCUAUGGUGCCGGAUGGGACUGCCGCGGCGGUAGACAUAGCUGCUCGAGAGGUUAUUGCAGGCGCAGGCUACGAAAAGGAGUUCACUCACCGUCUCGGCCACGGCAUUGGCAUCAAGGCUCACGAGAGUCCGUACCUCAACAAAGGUAAUUUUGGGGCGACACUGCGCCCUGGCAUGGUCUUCACAGCCGAGCCAGGUGUGUAUGUGCUGAACGACUUCGGAGUCCGUCACGAGGAUAUCUUGGUAGUGAAAGAGGAUGGCGAGGCGGAGAACAUCAGUGGAGGGUUUGCAAAAAGCCCGUGGGAACCUUGAGCAAUUGAACGGGCGAUCAUCUGGACACAUGUGCAGCAAACAGCUUCACUUACAUAGCAGGCGCCCGCGCUCUCAUUGAGUCCGCCCCUCGACCGUUCGCUACGGGGGACCCGCAUUAGUCGCGCAGUUCUCGAUAUAUAAGCCUGCUUCACCUCCACUACGCACUCUCACAACUG